UCGGACUCCAAACUCUCAAACUCUCCCAUGGCAGCCGCCAAACCCUCCCCCAUGUCUUCCUCCAUCUCCAGACCCAGCCGUCUCCACCUCACCCCUCCUCAAUCCUCCCCCUCCUUCUCCCCCAAAACCCUCCCGAAGCCCUCCUACUCUCCCCGAACCUCCAUCUCUCACUCCUCCCUGUCACAUGCACGCCCCUCCUCCUUGACCCUCCGCUCCCACAACCCUAUUUCCGCCUUCUUCUCCUCAUCCCAGCACCGCCCAGAUGGCCGGAACAUUGACUCCGACGACGACGAGAAGCCCCGCGAGGAGUGCGGCGUAGUCGGCAUCUACGGCGACCCGGAAGCCUCGCGUCUCUGCUACUUGGCGCUCCACGCGCUGCAGCACCGCGGCCAGGAAGGGGCUGGGAUUGUGUGCGUGCAGGACAACGUGCUUCAGUCCAUAACUGGUGUUGGGUUGGUGUCUGAGGUCUUUAAUCAGUCGAAGCUCGACCAGUUACCUGGUGACUUGGCUAUUGGACACGUCAGGUACUCCACUGCCGGUUCCUCUAUGCUUAAAAAUGUCCAGCCAUUUGUUGCAGGGUAUAGGUUUGGCUCUGUUGGGGUUGCCCACAAUGGUAAUUUAGUAAACUAUGGCGCCCUUAGGGCUAAGCUUGAGGAGAACGGGUCUAUAUUUAAUACUAGUUCUGAUACAGAGGUGGUUCUUCACCUCAUUGCGAUUUCAAAGGCUAGGCCUUUUCUUUUGAGGAUUGUUGAUGCGUGUGAGCAGCUUCAGGGUGCUUAUUCCAUGGUGUUUGUGACCCAAGAUAAGCUUGUUGCGGUCCGGGACCCGCACGGGUUUCGGCCUUUGGUUAUGGGGAGGAGGAGCAAUGGUGCUGUUGUGUUUGCUUCUGAGACAUGCGCGCUUGAUUUGAUUGAGGCCACGUAUGAGAGGGAGGUGUUUCCGGGAGAGGUUGUGGUGGUGGACAAAGAUGGGGUUCAGUCUCUUUGUCUCAUGUCUCAUCCGCAACCGAAGCAGUGUAUAUUUGAGCACAUAUACUUUGCUCUGCCGAAUUCUAUCGUUUAUGGGCGUUCGGUGUAUGAGUCUCGUCGUAUGUUUGGUGAGAUUCUGGCCACUGAGGCCCCAGUUGAGUGUGAUGUUGUGAUAGCAGUGCCUGAUUCGGGUGUGGUGGCUGCGCUUGGUUAUGCUGCCAAAGCUGGUGUGCCUUUUCAGCAGGGUUUGAUUAGGUCUCACUAUGUGGGAAGGACCUUCAUUGAGCCAUCGCAGAAGAUUAGGGACUUCGGGGUGAAGCUCAAGCUCUCUCCUGUUCGGGCUGUAUUGGAGGGUAAGAGGGUUGUGGUUGUGGAUGACUCAAUUGUGAGGGGAACUACGUCUUCGAAGAUUGUCAGGUUGUUGAAGGAGGCAGGUGCUAAGGAAGUUCACAUGAGGAUUGCAAGCCCACCGAUUGUAGGGUCCUGUUAUUAUGGUGUGGACACCCCAAGUUCUGAGGAGUUGAUUUCAAAUAGGAUGAAAGUUGAGGAAAUUAGGGAAUUCAUUGGAUCAGAUUCACUUGCUUUUCUGCCAUUUGAUAGCUUGCAGAGGAUGUUGGAAAAAGAUGCUCCCAACUUUUGUUAUGCUUGUUUUACCGGAAAUUACCCUGUGGAGCCUAGAGAGGAUAAAGUGAAACGGGUGGGUGAUUUUGUGGAUGAUGGCAUGUCCGGUAACUUUGACUCCAUUGAUGGUGCUUGGAUUCCAGCAAAUCGGGUACACAAAGUUGAGAAAGACAAAGAAUUUGAGGGUAGUGUUCUUUGAGAGUGCUCAUCCACCAUUGCUUCAGUUGAUGAUAUAGAUGCUUUUGGGUUCAACCCAGCAACACAGAGAUGCAUUCCGGUGACUGAUGUCUUCAAUUGAUCCAAAUGAUAGUUAAAUGCUUCCUUGAAUGGUUGGCCCCAAAAUCAAAGACUAAUGAGUCUUGUUGGGUUCCUUUUCAAUUUUGCUUCUAAUUUGAAUUUUCUUGGUAUCACACAGUUGCUACGUUGUUAUACAGGAGUUAUUUUCUGA